ACCAAUAUCUAAUUCCUCGUCAGAAACCCCCAAAACUUCAUCACUAUCCCCAUCUUCGUCCUACACAUUAAUUUAUUAAUUCAUUCCUCUCUCUCUCUCUCUGUUGAUUAUUGAAGUAGACACUUGUCCGUACAAAUUAAUGGAAGCAACAAAGUCGAGCCUUCAUCAUCAGCCCCCUGCUCAGGGGAACCUAAUUACUGUUCUCAGCAUCGACGGAGGUGGGAUCAGAGGCAUAAUCCCAGGAAUCAUCCUCGGUUUUCUUGAGUCCGAGCUUCAGAAGCUGGACGGCGAGAAUGCCAGACUUGCAGAUUACUUCGAUGUCAUUGCAGGAACGAGCACGGGUGGUCUUGUCACAGCCAUGCUUACCGCACCAGAUAACAACAGCCGCCCCUUGUUCGCUGCCAAAGACAUCAAACAAUUCUAUCUUGACAAUUGCCCCAAGAUUUUCCCCCAAAACAGGUCGGUAUUUUCUGGUGUGAGCAAGGUAGUGAAAACCUUAUCAGGACCUAAGUACGAUGGCAAGUACUUACAUAGCCUUGUAAGGGAAAAACUUGGAGACACCAGAUUGCAUCAGACCCUGACUAAUGUUGUUAUUCCGACUUUCGACAUCAAAACGCUCCAGCCAACCAUCUUCUCCAGCUACCAGAUGAAGAAUAUGCCCAACAUGGAUGCUUUACUAACAGAUAUAUGCAUUGCAACCUCAGCAGCACCAACUUAUCUUCCUGCCUAUUAUUUUGAAACCAAGGACCCAACUGGAAAAGUGAGAGAAUUCAACCUAGUUGAUGGUGGCGUGGCCGCAAACAAUCCGACUUUAGUCGCUAUAGGUGAGGUCACGAAGCAGAUUACGUGUGGAAAUUCUGACUUUUUUGCCAUAAAGCAACUGGACUAUACUCGGCUUUUAGUUAUAUCACUGGGAACUGGAACACACAAAGUUGAAAACAAAUACAAUGCAGAAGAAGCAGCUAAAUGGGGAGUGAUAGGAUGGUUAAGCAAUGGCGGCUCCACCCCAUUAAUAGAUGUGUUUAAUCAAGCAAGUUCUGAUAUGGUCGACUACCACCUCAAUGAAGUUUUCCAAGCUCUCCAUUCUGAGAAGAGCUAUCUAAGAAUUCAGGAUGACUCGUUAAGUGGAGAUGUUUCAUCUGUUGAUAUAGCUACCGAAGAAAAUUUGAAUAAUCUUGUGAAAGUCGGUGAAACAUUAUUAAAAAAAUCAGUUUCAAGAAUAGAUUUUGAGACAGGUCUUGUAGUGCCUACUAAUCAAGAGACUAAUGAAGAAGCUCUUCGAAGGUUUGCACAACUUCUCUCUAGGGAGAAGCAACUUCGUGAUACUAGAUCAUCACCGCUUGGACCCCGCAAAAACAAAGGAUUUUGAACUAAGAUUUAAUUAUUAGAUUCCUUAAGGAUUCUCAUGUUUUCUUUUGCAUAUAUAUAAAUAUGUUACGUUAUAUGUUUGUUGGUGGCAAUUAUUCAUGCACCAUCUAUGUAAUGCCCAAUUGGUAUACAAUUCAAUGCACUUUUCCAUUCUUUAAACUAAUGAGUCUGUGGUAUUUAUGAUUUUUCAAAGUUGUAACUUGUAACUAUAUAUAUAUAAAAUUAAUUUUGUGCGUGCAAAUUUUGUAACUA